UAAGCUUAAUGUAAUCAAGCUAUUAGCUUAUUAGCUGCCUGCUUAUGCAUGUUGUCAUUGUGUCUCAUUAAACAAGGAAAAGGACUGUGGUUAGAUGGAAGCUGUUUGAAAUACUGCUAAUUUUAAGUUUUCUUUUUCUUAACUCUUAUUGUUGAUUCCUACAUGAAUGCAUGCAUAUAUGUUUGCUAUUUGCCUAUUUGGAGAGAAAAUUCUUGCCUUUUUGAGAUGAACGGGAUAAUUGUGAAUUGACAUGGUUCUUAGUCAAUAAUCUUUAAGGAUUUUAUUUUUUUUUAAUUUUUUUCUUUUUUAAUUUUUUUUUAAUAACACCUGAAGUUUCCUCUUGGUUUCUUGGUAUGCAGCAGAGCCUGUUCAGCGAGUUGCAUUUGGGUAUGGUUCAUCAAUCCCCAGUAAUCAAUUCAGUGCCUCCAAUGGAAAUAAUUCUUGGCAUCAAGAUAAAGCUCGGUUUUCCAACUUGAGAGAGAACAAAGAAUACAAAAAACCAUGGAAUUAUUACAGGUAUUAUCCUGUAACUCUUCCAAUUCGAAGGCCUUAUUCUGGAAAUCCAGAUAUCCUUAAUGAAGAAGAAUUUGGGCAAGAGUCUACUUUUGACGAAAAUAUGUCCAACCCAGCGAUGGAGCUUGGCCUUAUGGAGGAAAAUUCUGAGCCUAGGAUGAUGUUUUUUCAGCUACCAACAACUAUCCCGAUGAUAAAACAAACUUCAGCUGCAAGCCAAGAUUCAACCAGCAGCUCAAAAACACCAAGUGGCUCAAACCCCAUAGAGAAGGCUGCUGGAUUAAAAGAUUUACAAGCAGGUAUCAUGGGAAAAUUGCUGAUGUACAAAAGUGGUGCUGUGAAGCUUAAGCUUGGAGAUGCCCUUUAUGAUGCAAGCCUUGGUUCAGAUUGUACAUUUGCCCAGGAUGUUGUGGCUAUUAAUUCUGCGGAGAAGCAUUGAUGUGUUGUUGGGGAGCUCAAUAAGCGUGCUAUUCUAACUCUCGAUGUGGACUCUAUUUUGGAUAAAUUUGCUGACUUAGGUUGCUAAUGGUUAAGCUUUAAGAUACGGAGUACUUAGAUCUGAUAGUCUACAGAAAAGAGGAUAUACAGUCUAAACAUAAAAGGUCUUUAGAAGUCUGCUUUCCAUACCUUAUAAUUCCUUCAAUGAUAGUGACCAAAAAAAAAAAGCCUUUUCUUAGAACCUGUCAAUGAAAAAGGGAGAGGUUCCUUUUGCUCAAUUUUUUUCUUCACAUGAUUAGUUGCAAUUACAAGACAAUGGGAAGUGUACUUAACAUCAUUUAAAGGCCAACUGUGCUUGAAAUGA